CUCACAACUUAUUCGAGAGCAGUGAUAUUUAUAAGUAUACAGCAGCCAACACAGAAUUUAAAUUUAGUAUCAAUCCAGAAAAAUGCCAGCAAAGAGCGCACAAAAUAUCAAAACAUUUGGCAAGACUGUGCCGGGGCCAGCGGGAAACAAUGCCAUGGGACGCAAGACCAAGCCGACGACACCAUCAAAAUUAAGUUUGCCAGAGUGGCCCCUGCACAAGCGCAGCGGUGGGCGCCCCUUUCGCCACAAGACGACCGAAGGCUCUGAUGGCGACUCGGACAGCAGCACGGCUCUCUGUCAUGUUGUGCCCGUACGCCAGAAGCCGCUGGCCGCGUACAUGCAUCUGGAGAGUGCGAGCCCUAGGGCGGUCGGUGCCAACGUAACGCCAGGCAUCAGCUAUGCGGCGGCCGUCGAGAGUGUCGUUUCGCCCAAGCAAAUGGUGAAUGUCAAAAUGGCCAUACCGCCACGUGUCAAGAAGCAGCCGAGGCCAGCCAAGAACAACAGGAGGGCAGCGAUCGAUCCAAACUUUACGAUAUUCGACGAGGAGGAGCCCAAGCCGCAUCUGGUCAUUCUAUAUGCCAAGGAGGCGACUCCACCUCGACCCCUGAAAGUUAGACCGACACCCCGUGCCGAGACAAAUCCUGUUGAAGAGAUGCAGAAGCAAAAGAGUCAUCAAAAACAGACCGUGAAAGUGCUCCCGAAGCUGCUCAAGUCGCAAAAGUUUUUCCAGAGAGAGCCGCCAGAGACUGCACCGCAGGAUGAGCCACAGAAUGAGUUCCAGGAACCCCAGAAUGAGCUUCAAAAUGACUCACAAAAUGAGCUCCAAAUGGUCAUGUCUGAAUCGUUUUCGACCGAAACCGACUUUAGUGGCUUGGAACUGGAAUUUCUAGGCAUUUCCUUCCAAAGUACCGAGUCUGAAGAUACAUUCGAUUUAAUGGCAGCGCCAAUAGAGCUGACUAGGGCCAAUAGGAAGAAAGGAGUGCCUUCUCCGGAGUUUACCGAUUGCCCAAGUUAUCUCAGCUAUCACCUACGCAGGUUGCAACAAAUUUUGGCCACUCAGUGCUCAGAUUCUUUCUGGAACGAGGUGGCACUGUCCCAAAAGCCAAUUGAAUGCGAGCCCGUGAAUUUCCAGCUGAACGAGAGGCAAUUCCAACGGCCGGAUUUGGAGGCAGCUGCCUUUUUGGGACAGACUAGGGCCAUGCAACGUGCGUGGUUGAAUGGUGAUGUACUGAUAUCCUGAACAGACCUAGAUCACACCAAACCACUCUUUUUGUUUUUAUGUGUAUGUUCAAAUUUGAUGACACAUUUCAAAUUAACGGCCACGAACACGACGUGAACACGACACGGCCUGCCAGCCCGCCUGCAAUAAGUAAUACUGUAAAUAGCUCUGGUCCUGCCUUUCAGUAUUUUUCAGCCAAAAUAGUAUUUUUUAUACAAAAAUUGUACAAGUAUUUUAAUGAUCGAUUUGGAUAUAAGCAGCACUGCGGGCUCAGCGCAGAGAUGCGUUUGUAUUCAUCGUGACCGUUUAUGAUAUUUUAAAUACUUUAUGGUAUUUUUUGAUGCCAAAAUUGAGCAAAAAGUAUUUUAUUUUAUCAUGGUAUAUACUGGUAUACAAAAGUCCACAAGUUGACAAGCAACAAUGACGUCACAUUCCGGUACACAUUUUCGUUUUAUGCUUUGGCCGUUUUUGUUUGAACCUUAUUAUGUAAACAAUCCAAUGAAAAAGAGUUCUGAAAACUAGACAAUCCAGAACAAAAUUGAUUGAGGAAUUGGAUAAAAUUAUUUUUUUACGGCUGAGAGGGCGAACUAUCUAGUAAUAUUAAACUGAAUAUCA